UCCCAUAUUAUGACAUCUUAAAAAGUGCGGUGUUCAGAUAGCUUUGUCGAGGGUACGUGACGGAAUCUCCUUCCCUUCGUCGCUAAAAAACUCAAGACUACCAGUUUAUUUAGUGAAAAUCUCAGAAGAACAUUUGAGAAUACCUUUGAAGAACUCAGUUGUAGAAAUUUGGAAGAAAAAGCUGGUUGAAUCUCAAGAUACAGAAGACUUCCCUGAGAUGACGACGAUCAGUUGCUGAGGCAAGAAAAGUGCUUUAGACAACGAAAAAGGUACUAGUAAUAUCUCUGUAGUUUCACAAAGCCCUGCUUAGCAAGUUUAAUAGUUUCACGCUCAUAAACUCGUUUUAUGUCGGAUAAAACGCCUCGUUGCUGGCAUUAUAGCAACAAAUAUUCAAACGUACACGUCCGGUUUGAUCCCUUUCUUAGAAGAUUCAGUUUAUACUUUUUAAUGCGAGAGCAAGAGAUAGCGUGAAACUAAUUAGGUUUGUUCGUGAUUGAGAGCGCGAGAUAGUUAAUAUAUCAUACAACAAAUUUGGUCGUAUGAUUUACAUAAUGUUUAUCUACAUCACCUUGACACACGUCCGUUUGUUUAUACAUAAUAUUUCCUUUAUCUUGGGUGUGAUUCUCUCGUAUAAUCCUCCUUUUAAGAAACUUCUUCUUGUUAUAUGUCAACCUUAAUUAUUUUCCUGGGAUGGUUUUUCGUAGUUAUACACGAAAAAUAUACUUAAAGGGAGUUACACUAACAACAUUUAGUGUAACUUCUUAACUUAGUAGCCCUCGAAUUUUAUAUCUAUAGUGUAAUAAAUUCGUGUGAAUAGAUAUGCUCCAUAUCUAUGUCUAGAAUGCAUAGAUUUUUCCAGUUUUAACUUAUAUCAGAGCAGAAGUAAGAAACGUGGAUAUUACAUUUGUGCAAUUUUGGAAACACGAGUUUUCACAACAACUACUGACUACUGCAAGACACAAAGAAAAGGAAAGGCAAAGUUCGUGUUGCACAUGUUUUGCAGUCAAAAAGAGAAUAGAUGUACUACACAUCUAUCUGGACUAACACAAACACUUGGUGGGUGCUUUGUGCUCUAGUUUUAUGGCGUUCGCACCUAAAAAUGGUUUUGGCUAAGCAAGAGCAAAUUACACCGAAGAAUCAUAUGACUUUGGAUGAUUGGAGAGAGGCAAAUGCCAAACAAGGCGAUGUGAAAGACGCGUUGGGUCCCUCGAGCGAUGGCAAAGAAAUCUUUACAAUAGCCGGUAAAGGUGGUGGUGCAAGCUGGUUCAUCACACCGAAACUGGAUCUACCAAAAACGUCGUAUCUCAAUAUAUCAGCAUCAUGCUCACUUAAUUGCCAAUUAGAACUUUAUGGACAAAAUGACAGUUCUGUAAAGAACAGCAAAUUCCAACCUAUAAAAAAUGCAACGUUUAAUAAAAAAACUACGAAAAACAUCACAAUCAACACAACGGAGUUGUUCUCUCAUUUACGUAUUCUUGCACGAAUUCCGUCAUCGUCAUCAGGAAAGGAAAGCAGAUUCACUAUUUACUCUAUCAACAUGUAUUAUUAUUACUGUGAAGAGAGGACUCAAUAUAACACAACUUUUAGAAGAGUGAACUCAUCCACAGAAGACAUCGAUAAAACGGUUCAAUGUCAAGAUAAUUCUGUUUCAAGCAACGGUGGAAAUAAAAGUAACAUAACAGUGAAGUGCACACCGCAAGGAGACUGGAACUUAGAUGAUGAAACAUGUGAUUGUUUAAAAGGGUUUCAAGGUUCUGCUACGUGUAUACGUUGUAAGAACGGUUUCUACAAAAAUACUGUUGGAAAUUCAUCUUGCCAGAAGUGUCCUGGGGGUAAAACAAAUAAUUCGAUGCACACAGAGUGUAAAUGCAAAAAGGAUCAUCAUGCAUUGGGAGAUGAUGACAAUGGACCAUGCUAUGCUGUUCCAUCGAAUGUCACGAAUUUAUUGGGUAACACAGGAAAAACGUCAGUGAACCUGACUUGGGAUAAACCUGACGAUAAAGAUGGGGAAUUAUACUUCGGAAAAUUGACAUAUAGCAUCGAGUGUAAUAACUGCAAUUUAAACGCUAUGUUCUCACCAGCGAAGAAAAACUUUACGGCAACCUUAGUAAAUGUCUCUGGGCUGAAACCUGGACGGUCCUAUACUUUUAAGGUGUUUUCAAUGAACAGUCUAAAAAAUGUCACCUGGAGAUUUUCCACAGUAAAUGUCACACUUUCAGAUAACAACAAUGGACCACGACCCACCACUGAAGACCGAGAAGACCCAGAAGACCCAGUGACAAAAUACGUCGUUAUUUUUGUUCCAACGGGUGGUGGAAUUGUGGUCAUUAUUCUAUUUAUUAUUAUCAUCGUUACAAGAAUCCGAAGAGGGAAAUCGAAGAAAUCUGGCACGGAUAAUCGUGGAUUUGAGGGUGUUGCUUUACCAACGAUUGGUCAAAGGACAUACAUUGAUCCGUCAAACUACGAUGAUCCAGAGGCUGCUUUGAAGGAUUUUGCGAACGAAAUUUCUCCGAAAAGUUUAUUUCUGGAGCGAGUACUUGGAGGAGGUGAAUUUGGUGACGUGUAUAAAGGGACAUUAAAAAAUGCGGAUGGUGGAGUGAUUAUAGUUGCUGCAAAAACAUUGAAGCAUGAUUCCGAUGAAAGAAGCAAGAAAGAUUUCUUCAUGGAGGCUUCAGCGAUGGGUCAAUUUGAUGAUCCAAAUGUUAUUCAUUUAGAAGGAGUUAUAACCAAAACUAUUCCACAUAUGAUCAUAACAGAAUACAUGUCUAACGGAUCCCUGGAUAACUUCUUGAAGCAAAAUGACGAGAAAUUAACAGUUUUACAGUUGAUUGGAAUGGCGAGAGGUGUCGCCUCAGGAAUGAAAUAUUUGGCUGGGAUUAACUUUGUGCAUCGGGAUUUAGCGGCUCGUAAUAUUUUGGUCAACGAUGUGCUGUUGUGUAAGGUCGCAGACUUUGGUCUCUCGCGAGAACUGGAAACAGCCGACUCUUCACGAGGAGAAUAUUGUACCACGGGCGGGAAAAUCCCAGUGAGAUGGACAGCACCAGAAUCUAUCCAUUAUCGUAAAUUCUCAACAGCCAGUGAUGUUUGGAGUUAUGGUAUAUUGCUUUGGGAGAUCAUGUCGUUUGGUGAGAGACCUUACUGGGAAUGGGACAACUUUAAGGUACUGGAACGAAUUGACGCUGGUUAUCGAUUACCGGCCCCAAAGAACUGUCCAAAAUCAGUGCAUGAGGUGAUGCUGUUGUGUUGGGAGAAUGAAAGAAACGAUAGACCGGAUUUUGGUCACAUUGUAAGAAUCAUGGAUGGAUGGAUACGAUCGCCGGAGACCAUCACUGAGGAAGGAAGUCCAAUUAGAAAAAGACCCCCCUCUGAGAUAAGCGAAUGGCUGCGCGACAUCAAAAUGGCUUCAUACAUCCCUCAUUUCACGCAAGCUGGCUUUACGAAGAUUUCUGAGCUUGCUGGAUUGCAGGACAAUGAUCUACAAGUGGUUGGUGUUAGUCUCAUAGGUCAUCGUAAUAAAAUGCUGCGUACAAUUCGUUCCCUUUCCAUCACUGAUCAGUCAAUAAAUUCCCCCUGGAAGCGUGCUGGGUCCUUAAAAGUUUGAACUGCGGUUUAAUGAUCCCGAGGAUCCUCAUGUAUGCUUUAUGAAUGGGAGAGAUCGAUUGAUCUUCGUCGGUCAAGACGAACGAAGUUAUUAACAGGAUUACAGCAACAACACUAGCAAUGACAUCCAUUAAUAUAUCUUUGAACUUAGCAGUAGAAUUUCGCAAAAAUUUUAUUAAAAAGAUUUUAUUAAAUUGAAGAUUUACACCGCACAGGCAGAAGAUUCAUCGAGGAAAUUAUAUUAGAUUAGCUUUCUUUUUUAUGAAUUUUUUAAAACUUUAAAUGACUUAAAGCAUUACUUUUCUACUGAUUUUGUAUCCGUGUACAUAUAUACUUGUAAAUUGAUGCUUCAAAUUCUAUACGUAGGAUACGUUCAUAAUGAUAUAUGUUAAAAAUGAUAAUGUUCGUAUCGAUAUGAAUAAUUUCUGAAAUUACCAUGAUGUUUAUCAAAGGGAGAGAUCCUGCAUAAUACCAUGAAGUUCAUUUUUAUUAAAGCUAGCUAAUUUUCCAACAAAAUAUCGAGUGUGUCACAUUAUUGAUAUCAGCUAGACAAUACUAAUGUAAAUUAGGCAGACAUGAUUUCUACUGAUAACAUUAUUGUAGAUUUAAUAUCAUGAGGUGUGAAGCAAAUAAAAGAAACUUUUGUA